UAAAUAUCUUUGCUUCCUGCAGCAACCGGUCGGUGGUCGGAGUUCUUCUCCGGAGUCGAUUCACCGCCCCUUGAAUCCGCUGUGGCGGCGACCAGGGUGGACCGGGACCGGCGAGACCGGGGUAGGAGGCACAGACUCAUGAAAUGGCCACAGAUGACAAGACUUCCCCAACACUGGACUCUGCAAAUGAUUUACCACGAUCUCCUACUAGUCCUUCUCAUCUCACACACUUUAAGCCUUUGACUCCUGAUCAGGAUGACCCUCCUUUUAAAUCGGCAUAUAGUUCUUUUGUAAAUCUCUUUCGAUUUAAUAAAGAGAGAGCAGAAGGGGGCCACGGAGAUCAGCAAUCUCUGAGCGGAACUUGGACCAGCCCUCAGCUGCCUUCGAGAGCACAGUCUGUGAGAUCACCGGUACCUUAUAAGAAACAGCCUAGCGAACAACUCCAGCGACGGUCGUCAACAGUCUUAGCAGAGAGCAGUUUGCAACACCCCCAGGAAAACACAGACACAAGAAGAAAAGCAGAACCUACCUUUGGAGGUCAUGAUCCUCGAACAGCUGUUCAGCUUCGAAGCCUCAGUACAGUUUUAAAACGCCUCAAGGAAAUCAUGGAGGGGAAAAGCCAGGAUAGUGACUUGAAGCAGUACUGGAUGCCAGAUAGCCAGUGUAAGGAGUGCUAUGACUGUAGCGAGAAAUUCACAACCUUUAGACGCAGGCAUCACUGCCGACUCUGUGGGCAGAUCUUCUGCAGUCGCUGCUGUAAUCAAGAAAUUCCUGGGAAGUUUAUGGGCUACACAGGUGACCUUCGAGCUUGUACAUACUGUAGAAAAAUAGCUUUAAGUUAUGCUCAUUCCACAGAUAGUAAUUCCAUUGGGGAAGACUUGAAUGCCCUUUCAGAUUCAGCUUCCUCUUUGUCUGUACUUGAUCCUGGUGAACCCAGAACACCAGUGGGGAGCAGGAAAGCCAGCCGAAACAUAUUUUUAGAAGAUGAUUUUGCUUGGCAAAGUUUGAUUCAUCAGGACUCCUCAACUACUGCACUUUCAACAAGACUUGUAGCUGUUCAGGAGGAUGCUGGGAAAUCUCCUGCUCGGAAUAGAUCAGCCAGCAUUACUAACCUGUCGCUGGAUCGAUCUGGUUCUCCCAUGGUACCUUCAUAUGAGACAUCUGUCAGUCCCCAGGCAAACCGGACAUAUGUUAGGACAGAGACCACAGAGGAUGAACGUAAAAUUCUCCUGGACAGUGUUCAGUUAAAGGACUUGUGGAAAAAAAUCUGCCAUCACAGUAGUGGAAUGGAGUUCCAGGAUCACCGAUACUGGCUGAGAACACAUCCCAAUUGUAUUGUAGGAAAGGAAUUAGUCAACUGGUUGAUCCGAAACGGACACAUUGCUACAAGGGCGCAAGCUAUAGCAAUCGGACAAGCAAUGGUUGAUGGGCGUUGGCUGGAUUGUGUCAGUCAUCAUGACCAACUGUUCAGGGACGAGUAUGCUCUGUACAGACCACUGCAGAGCACAGAAUUUUCCGAGACCCCUUCUCCAGACAGUGACUCGGUGAACUCUGUGGAAGGACACUCUGAACCCUCCUGGUUUAAAGACAUCAAGUUUGAUGACAGCGACACAGAACAGAUAGCUGAAGAAGGCGAUGAUAAUUUGACUAAUUCUGCCAGUCCUAGCAAGCGCACAUCAGUCAGCAGUUUCCAGUCCACAGUGGAUAGUGACUCAGCCGCUUCUAUCAGCCUGAACGUGGAGCUGGACAACGUGAACUUCCAUAUCAAGAAGCCCUCCAAGUACCCUCAUGUACCCCCUCACCCUGCUGACCAAAAAGAGUACUUGACUUCUGACAAUGGCGGCCAGCAGCUCUCAAUAAGUGAUGCCUUCAUCAAAGAAUCCUUAUUUAAUCGUCGAGUAGAGGAAAAAUCCAAAGAGCUGCCUUUCACACCUCUGGGCUGGCAUCACAACAACCUGGAGCUGCUGAGGGAGGAGAAUGGAGAGAAGCAAGCCAUGGAGAGGUUGCUUUCAGCUAAUCAUAAUCACAUGAUGGCACUACUCCAACAGUUGCUCCACAGUGAGUCAUUGUCACCAUCUUGGAGGGACAUCAUUGUGUCACUAGUCUGUCAGGUUGUCCAGACAGUUCGACCUGAUGUCAAGAACAGGGAUGAUGAUAUGGAUAUCCGUCAAUUUGUCCACAUCAAAAAAAUCCCAGGUGGAAAGAAGUUUGAUUCUGUAGUUGUCAAUGGAUUUGUUUGUACCAAGAAUAUUGCACAUAAAAAGAUGAAUUCUUGUAUUAAAACCCCUAAAAUCCUCCUGUUGAAGUGUUCCAUUGAGUAUCUCUACAGAGAAGAAACCAAAUUUACUUGCAUUGAUCCUAUUGUCCUUCAGGAAAGAGAAUUCUUAAAGAAUUACGUUCAGCGAAUAGUUGAUGUUCGACCUACAUUGGUUCUAGUCGAGAAAACAGUAUCUCGGAUUGCCCAAGACAUGUUACUAGAACAUGGCAUUACUUUGGUCAUUAAUGUAAAAUCCCAAGUUUUAGAAAGAAUCAGUCGGAUGACCCAAGGUGAUUUAGUAAUGUCAAUGGACCAGCUGCUCACCAAACCACAUCUGGGCACUUGUCACAAAUUUUAUAUGCAGGUGUUUCAGUUGCCUAAUGAGCAAGCCAAAACGUUAAUGUUUUUCGAGGGCUGUCCUCAGCACCUGGGCUGUACAGUCAAGCUGAGAGGAGGCUCUGAUUAUGAGCUGGCUCGAGUUAAGGAGAUCCUGAUAUUUAUGAUAUGUGUAGCUUAUCAUUCUCAACUAGAAAUCUCUUUCCUCAUGGAUGAGUUUGCUAUGCCUCCUACACUGACUCAAAACCCUUCCUUUCAUUCUCUGAUCGAGGGACAAGAGGAUGAAGGGACUUCUCGAGACCAGUUUGCUGCAAGUCCACUUCCCAGGGAGCCUGACUUCCCACCAGAGUUUCUCCCCUCUGAUGAUAGCAGUUUGUUGGAAUCAAGGAUUGUGUUUGAGAAGGGGGACCAGGAAAACAAAAGUGGCCUACAGGAUGUUACCUCUCUGAGACAUCAAGAGUACAUCCCAAAUGCUUGCCCAGCUGGUAUCCCCUGUGCUCUCUUCCCAUCUGUCCCCGAGCCAUUGCUGCCUCUCCAUGUGGAUGAUCAACAGGAUGCCAUGGGCACUGAGCAGUCAGAGACCCUGCAGCAACCAGAUGAGCUACAGGAUCCCAAAAACCAGAUGAGAACCUUUAGAGAUCCUUUACAGGACGACACUGGAUUGUAUAUUACCGAGGAAGUUACCUCUUCUGAAGAUAAACUCAAAGCUUAUUCUUUGGCCUUUAAACAGGAAUUAAAAGACGUGAUCCUUUGUAUUUCCCCAGUAGUCACGUUCCGGGAACCCUUCCUGUUAACUGAAAAGGGGAUGAGAUGUUCUACACGUGAUUAUUUUGCAGAGCAGGUUUACUGGUCUCCUCUCCUCAAUAAGGAGAUCAAGGAAAUGGAGGGCAGAAGGAAGAAACAGCUGCUCAGAGAUCUUUCGAGCCUUCAGGGCAUGAAUGGAAGUAUUCAGGCCAAGUCUAUUCAGGUCUUGCCCUCCCAUGAACUAGUGAACACCAGCAUAGCUGAACAUCUGGGGGACAGCAAGAGCUUGGGUAGAAUGUUGGCUGAUUAUCGGGCCAGAGGAGGGAGAAUUCAGCAGAGAAACUCAGACCCUUUUGUUCAUUCAAAAGAUGCCUCCUGUGCUUCAAGUGGCAAGUCAGGAAGUAGAACUGAGGGUAAUGAGGAGAAAGGGUUGAUUUCUGCUGAUGCCAUGUGGUCGACAAAGGUGGACUGCCUGAACCCCGUAAACCACCAGAGACUGUGUGUGCUCUUCAGCAGCUCUUCUGCCCAGUCCAGCAACGCUCCCAGUGCCUGUGUCAGUCCUUGGAUUGUAACGAUGGAAUUUUAUGGAAAGAAUGAUCUUACAUUAGGAAUAUUUUUAGAAAGAUACUGUUUCAGACCUUCUUAUCAGUGUCCUAGCAUGUUUUGUGACACCCCCAUGGUACAUCACAUCCGGCGCUUUGUCCACGGCCAAGGCUGUGUGCAGAUAAUCCUGAAGGAGCUGGAUUCUCCAGUACCUGGCUAUCAACAUACAAUUCUCACCUAUUCCUGGUGUAGAAUCUGCAAACAGGUAACACCGGUUGUUGCUCUCUCCAAUGAGUCCUGGUCCAUGUCAUUUGCAAAAUACCUUGAACUUAGGUUUUAUGGACACCAGUACACUCGCAGAGCCAAUGCUGAGCCGUGUGGCCACUCCAUCCAUCAUGAUUAUCACCAGUAUUUCUCCUAUAACCAGAUGGUGGCAUCUUUCAGUUAUUCUCCUAUCCGACUUCUUGAAGUAUGUGUUCCACUUCCCAAAAUAUUCAUUAAACGUCAGGCCCCACUGAAAGUGUCCCUUCUUCAGGAUCUGAAGGAUUUUUUUCAAAAAGUUUCACAGGUAUACCUUGCUGUUGAUGAAAGACUUGCAUCUUUUAAAACAGAUACAUUUAGCAAAACGAGGGAGGAAAAAAUGGAAGAUAUCUUUGCACAAAAAGAGAUGGAAGAAGGUGAGUUUAAGAACUGGAUUGAGAAGAUGCAGGCAAGGCUCAUGUCUUCCUCUGUAGAUACCCCUCAGCAGCUGCAGUCAGUGUUUGAGUCACUCAUUGCCAAGAAACAAAGUCUUUGUGAAGUGCUGCAGGCUUGGAAUAAUAGGCUACAGGAGCUUUUCCAGCAGGAAAAGGGCCGAAAACGUCCUUCAGUUCCUCCAAGUCCUGGAAGACUGAGACAAGGGGAAGAAAGCAAGAUAAGCACAAUGGAUGCAUCCCCACGUAAUGUUUCUCCAGGACUUCAAAAUGGAGAGAAAGAGGACCGCUUUUUGACUACCCUCUCCAGUCAGAGUUCCACCAGUUCCACCCAUCUCCAGCUGCCUACGCCACCUGAAGUCACUCCUGAGCAAUCAGUGGGAGGGCCUUCCGACCUCGACACAAUCAGCAGUUCUGAAGAUGUGUUCGAUGGACAUUUGCUGGGAUCCACAGAUAGCCAAGUGAAGGAAAAAUCAACCAUGAAAGCCAUCUUUGCAAAUUUGCUCCCAGGAAAUAGCUAUAAUCCUAUUCCAUUUCCUUUUGAUCCAGAUAAACAUUACUUAAUGUAUGAACACGAACGGGUACCCAUUGCUGUCUGUGAGAAGGAACCCAGCUCCAUUAUUGCUUUUGCUCUCAGUUGUAAAGAAUACCGAAAUGCCUUAGAGGAACUGUCCAAAGCGACUCUGCGGAGCAGUGCUGAAGAAGGGCUUCCAGCAAAUAGCACUUUAGACAGCAGACCAAAGAGUAGCAGCCCUAUUAGAUUACCCGAGAUCAGUGGCGGACAGACAAACCGUAAUUCGGAAGCAGAGCCACAGCCACAACCAACCAAAAAGGCUUCUGGAAUGUUGUCCUUCUUCCGAGGGACAGCAGGGAAAAGCCCUGAUCUCUCUUCCCAGAAGAGAGAAACCUUACGUGGAGCAGAUAGUGCUUACUACCACGUUGGGCAGACGGGCAAGGAAGGGACGCAGAGUCAAGGCAUUGAGCCUCAAGAUGAAACAGAUGGAGGAGAUACGCAAAAGAAACAACUCACAAAUCCUCAUGUGGAACUUCAAUUUUCUGAUGCCAACGCCAAGUUUUACUGUCGGCUGUACUAUGCAGGAGAGUUUCAUAAGAUGCGGGAGGUGAUUCUGGGCAGCAGUGAAGAAGAUUUCAUCCGUUCCCUUUCCCACUCAUCACCCUGGCAGGCUCGAGGGGGCAAGUCAGGAGCAGUCUUCUAUGCCACUGAAGAUGACCGAUUCAUCUUGAAGCAAAUGCCCCGUCUAGAAGUUCAGUCUUUUCUGGACUUUGCACCACAUUACUUCAAUUAUAUUACAAAUGCUGCUCAACAAAAGCGGCCCACUGCAUUGGCUAAAAUUCUUGGAGUUUAUAGAAUUGGUUAUAAGAACUCUCAAAAUAACACCGAGAAGAAGUUAGAUCUCCUUGUCAUGGAAAAUCUUUUCUAUGGGAGGAAGAUGGCACAGGUUUUUGAUUUGAAAGGUUCCCUUCGGAAUCGAAAUGUUAAAACUGAUACUGGGAAGGAGAGUUGUGAUGUUGUCCUGCUGGAUGAGAAUCUCUUAAAGAUGGUUCGAGAUAACCCUCUCUACAUCCGUUCUCAUUCCAAAGCUGUUCUGAGAGCUUCAAUCUGUAGUGACUCCCAUUUCCUCUCCAGCCACCUCAUCAUAGAUUAUUCUCUGCUGGUUGGACGAGAUGACACCAGUAACGAGCUGGUAGUUGGAAUCAUAGAUUAUAUUAGAACAUUCACAUGGGACAAAAAACUCGAGAUGGUUGUGAAGUCAACAGGAAUUUUAGGAGGACAAGGUAAAAUGCCAACUGUGGUCUCACCAGAGUUGUAUAGGACUAGAUUUUGUGAAGCCAUGGACAAGUACUUCCUAAUGGUACCAGACCACUGGACUGGUUUGGGUCUGAAUUGCUGAAAUGAAGCACACAUGUUAAAAUGGACCAUGAAGGAAAUGGGGACUAGAACAAAGGACCAAAAAUGAGAUACUUUUUUUUUUUCAUCAUAAUGACCACUUUACACAAAGGCCCCUCCAGUUCUGCAGCUGUGUAGACCAUCAUAAUUGAUGGGUUAAAACUCUGUGAAUUUGCACUUUGGUUUCUGCAAUCCCUACAAAUUAGCCAUCUGUAUGUCUGGGAUGUUGUAUAAACUAUUUUUCGCUUAAGCUUAAAUAAUAGACGCAUUUCAAAGGACUAAGGCCAGAAGUAGAGUGAAAAGUUGGUAAUCAUAUUUGCCAAUAGUUUUGUUUAAGCAGCAGCAGCAACAAAAAAAAGUCUCAUAAAUCGUGACUCUCCUCAUAUCACAUUUGGCACAUUCAUUACUUGGGAAUUUAUAGAGUUGGUGAAUUUGUUUUGUAACAAAUUAAUGUAACACUUUAAUGUUGCCUAUUAUCUGAAUUUCUGAAACCUUAAAAUUCUGAACUAUUUGCUUAAUGGCCAGUCUAUUUGACAGAGUCCUUCUGUUUUUUAACUUAAAUUGAAAGUGCUGUCAAAUUAUGUAUCUUCCCCUGUUUUUUUUCUAGUAUGUCUUGUGUAUUCAGGUCAUGCUUUACUUCUCUGUGGGUGACAAGCGGCUAGAGCCAUUAGCUAAUAAGCUUUUUCAUGAAACUAUUUUUCAAGCUUGUUUACAGUUUGUGCAAUCAGUGUGCUGAACUGCAACUUAGCUGUAAUUGCUGUAUUUUAGGGAUUUUUACCGCACAUCCCCCCCCCACACACACAUACUUUAAGGGAAACACAAGUAAGUCUAUAAUGACAAAAUCCUAAAAGGAUAUUUAUUAAUAAAGGAUUUUUUAUUUCAGUGUAAAAAAAAAAAAAGGAAAUUAGACCCAAUUCUAGAAAUCAGAUGAAAGAGAGGCACUUGCUUAUUUUUCUGUGGAAGUAAAGUAUAUUUUUUUCCAUAUAACCAACCAGCAACUUAAGUGAUGUAUAUAAUUAAGAAAUUUUCAGUGUGGCCAUCUGUUUUGAAUUUUAGGUCAGUUCUAUUGAGAAACCGUACGAUAACUAGAGGAAUGUUUCUCUUAAUAGAGUUGUGUUUAAAAAGUGGUCAGAAGUACAGCACUAGCAAAGUAAGCCCCAGUUUAGUGCCUCUUGGCUUCUCUUUAUAACAAGGAUAUUUUGGGGAUUUAUAGUUUCAGAAUAACCACUCAUAACACACAUCUGUUGAAACUUUCCCAUAAUAAGAAAACUGUGGAUACGUUUUAAUUUCAGAGACACUUUUAAGAACAUAAAAUGGGAAGGUUGGGAAGGUUUGCAUUAGAGAUAAAGCACUAGUUUGUUGCAUAUUAGAAAGCUGGUUUGGGACUGGAGAGAUAGCAUAAUGAUGAUGCAAAGAACCUUCAGUGCCUGAGACUUCAGGGCCCCAGGUUCAGUCCCCAGCACUACCAUAAGCCAGAGUUGAGCAGUGCUCUGUUAAGAACAGAAAAGAAUAGAAAAGAAAGCUGGUUUGUUUAGAACUAGAAGCAGAUUGACUAAGCACUUCCCACUAAUCUGAUAAGUUUUUUUUUUUUUUUCUUUAAAGAAAGCACACGGACUGCCUCUUUAAAAACAUACAAUAACUUCUGUGACUCGUUUUGAUAUCAGACUAGUAUGGGGGUGAAAGACAUGUGGAACAUUAUUAACUUAUGUGCACAGGAGUGGUGAAUUUGACAACUCAUUUUGAAUUCAUAUGCUGUGCUCUUUCUCUGUUCGUUUAAUUCCACUUCGGUUUAUUUAUCCUGUUUCUUGCGCCUUAGUCAUGAAUACUGCCGUAGAGGAUGUCUGCCCUAGGCUGUAAGCAGGCUCUCUCUUUAGUCUCAUUACCGUGCCUAGCACUUGAGUGUUCCAUUGGAAUAGCUCACAAGAAAGCAUGUGGAUCUUGUUUUCCUUGCCUAUGACUUGAAGAAAGUAUUUGCUGCCUGUUAGGUAAAUUUGUGUGUUUUAAGAAAAAAUUCCAGUAUAAUAUACUGUGAAACAAUAGUGGCUGCCUGGCAAAGAUAAUCUGUCCUUUCAAACUUGUCUUAAUGAAGGGGACAUAGAAAAUUUAUUUGUGUUGAGUGGUAGACUCAUUUUCCCUACUCCUUGCUGCCCUACUAGUUUAGACCACUACCAGAUAUACAAAGUAUGUCAGAUAGUGUGCUACUCAGUGUGAAGCAUUGAAUGACUGUGUUUACCUAUUUGACUUCCUUUCUGAGACCGAAGAACAUUCAUGCUCAAAAGUUAGGAAUGAGGAAAAAAAAAAAAACUAAAUACUUCUCUCCUUAGACUACAAUAUGAAUCCUGAGAAUAAUCAAUAACACAAUAAUAAAAUUAUGUAGACAUGUUUUAUUGUAGACAAGUCUUAUUUAUAAACGUGAAGCUUUUUGAUGCCAUGAAAACUAUUAGACUAUAAAAAAAAGGAUUUACUUUCAUCCUACCCAAACCUGAAAACAAGAUAAAUAAAUAAGGGGAAUUAACAGUCGUCGUCCUUUUGUAGUCCAUGGAAUAUUUUAAACUUAGAGAUAGUCAGAAUUUCCUACAAGAUGUUCAACUUCAAAAGCUUUCCGUAUUCCUGCAGUGAGUGGUUGUCUAGCUUUUACUGGGUACUGUAAGUAAUAGUGUUGUAUUGGUUUCCAUGGCAUCAGUUUCUCCUUGGCACCUUUCCAGAUAGCAGUGCACUUAGAUAGACUGCCAAGGAAAAUAAUCUACCUGUAGGAAGUUUACUUGGCUAGCUGACUGAAAAUGGUCAUGGAUGAGCCUGAUGGUGAAACAACUCAGACUAUAUUCCUUUCUAUUAUCUCAAGUGUUAAUAUACUGACUCAACGCAGUAUUCAAACCAUCUCGUGCAAUGCUCCUUUUUUGUUUGUUUGUUUUUGUAACAUGGGUGCAGUGUACUAUAGAAAAAUAAAAAUUAUAAUCAUGGGCAGUUUUGUUAAUACUGCUAUGUUGAUUUUGUAAAAAAAAAAAAAAGUGUAUAUUGUGUCUUUGAGACAGGUUAAAUUUUAACUAGAAAUGUGGCACUGUAAAUUGAUGACCUCUACGUUUAAUAUGAAAACUUUAACUGACAAUAUUGAAAAUACUGAAUGUAUCAUAUUGUAUAUAUUUUCUCUACUUUGGUUCUAGCUGUUUUAUAUAACUGACAUGUUUAUUUAAAAGAUAACUGCUCUGACGUUUUGGAGACUCACAGUGUAAAUAAAGAAAACUUAACAAUGAA